AUGAGCGCUCUGACCUGGGGUGGGCCCAGUGCUUUGCCCCUGCUGUUGCUCCUAGGCUGGGCCGGUGCCACCUUCAUCAGCCUUAACCGUGGGCUCAGGCUGCUGAAGGGCAGCUCUGCCUACCUGUCGGGAGAUGACCUGAAGUUUACCAUCCCCAAAGAAAAAGAUGCUUGCAAAGUGGAAGUUGUGAUGAACGAGCCAAUGACUCAAAGGGUUGGGAAACUCACCCCACAGGUCUUUGACUGCCAUUUCCUUCCCAAUGAAGUAAAGUAUAUUCACAAUGGUUGCCCGAUUCUUGAUGAAGACACAGUGAAGCUUAGAUUGUACAGAUUUACUGAGACAGAUACCUUCACGGAAACCUUUAUCCUGCGGGUCUAUCUCCUGGAACCCGACUGUAACAUCAUCCGUAGGAGUAACAAUGUCCUGGAGGUGUCUGAAUUCUAUGGCCUGUCCAGAGCCAUUGAUAAGAACCUGCUCAGAUUUGAUUAUGAGAGGACAGCCGGCCUGGAGUGUACAGUCAGGCUGGAUCCUGUGGGAAGCCGGCUGCCAGCCCAUGGUCAGAUGGUCCUUCUGGAACCUCGGCCAGAAAAACCUCGUGGAGAUCAGCCACACAGUUUUUUCCCGGAGUCUCACCUGGGAACAGAGCUGAGGUGUCCAGGUGGAAGCUGUGCCCUGGGACUGAAGAAAAUGGGAAGUGUCAAUGUGAGCUGUGAGGAGUUCUUGCUGAUGGGGCUUCGUUAUCAACACACGGAUCCCCCUUCUCCCAACAUUGACUACAUCUCUAUCCAGCUGGACCUCACAGAUGGCAGGAGCAAAAUCGUAUACAAGUCAGAGAGUGCGUGGUUGCCCGUCUAUAUCAGAGCUGGCUUUCCUAAUCAGAUUCCAAGGGCCGCGUUCAUGGCCAUGUUUAUUCUGGAAGUGGAUCAGUUCAUCCUGACCUCCUUGACUACAUCCGUCCUGGACUGUGAAGAGGAUGAGACCCCUAAGCCCUUGCUGGUGUUCAACGUUACGAAAGCCCCGCCCCAGGGCUACGUGACUCAUCUGUGGGAUCACACCAGACCGGUCUCCUCGUUCACCUGGAAAGAUCUGAGUGACAUGCAGAUAGCCUACCAGCCACCGAACAGCAGCUAUUCUGCGCGGAGACAUUACGAGGUGGAGGUGGAGGUUUAUGACUUCUUCUUCGAAAGGAGUGCACCUAUCACUGUCCACAUCUCCGUCAGAACAGCGGAUACAAAUGCCCCCCGAGUGUCCUGGAACACAGGUCUGAGUCUUCUAGAGGGGCAGUCUCGGGCCAUCACUUGGGAACAGUUUCAGAUUGUCGACAAUGAUGACAUCCAUGCUGUCCAGCUGGUCACCGUGGGCGGCCUGCUGCAUGGACGGCUUACACUAAGAGGCGGGAAAGGAUUUCUCUUCACUGUGGCUGACCUUCAGGCUGGAGUUGUUCGCUAUCAUCAUGACGACAGUGACUCCACCAAAGACUUUGUGAUCUUCAGGAUAUUCGAUGGCCAUCACAGCAUCCGCCAUAAGUUUCCCAUCAACAUCUUGCCCAAAGAUGACAGUCCCCCGUUCCUCAUAAGCAACAUUGUGAUUGAACUGGAGGAGGGGCAGACCAUACUGAUCCAGGGUUCCAUGCUGAGAGCAUCAGACAUGGACUCCAGUGAUGACUACAUCUUCUUUAAUAUCACGAAACCUCCUCAGGCUGGAGAGAUCAUGAAGAAGCCAGGGCCAGGGCUGAUAGGCUAUCCUGUGCCUGGCUUCCUUCAGAGGGAUCUAUUUAAUGGCAUCAUUUACUAUCGUCACUUUGGUGGAGAGAUCUUUGAAGACUUUUUUGAAUUUGUCCUGUGGGACAGCCAUGAACCUCCAAAUCUCUCAGUGCCACAGGUGGUGACCAUCCAUAUCACUCCAGUGGAUGACCAGCUUCCAAAAGAGGCUCCUGGAGUUUCUCGGCAUUUGGUUGUCAAGGAAACGGAGGUGGCCUACAUAACUAAGAAACAUCUACAUUAUAUAGAUACAGAAUAUGACAGGGAGCUUCUCUACAUGAUAACGACACCUCCGUUUUUCUCUUUCGGCCACAGACAUCUGGAUGCUGGGAAAUUGUUUAUGGUCGAUAGCAUUCCAAAGCUGACCAAAAAUCCUGCAGCCCCGGGGCUGAGAUCAUUCACUCAGCAUGCUGUGAACCACAUGAAAGUGGCCUACAUGCCACCCCUGCAAGAUAUAGGCCUCCAUCCGCGACAUGUCCAGUUUGCCUUUUCCAUCAGUAACCAACAUGGUGGCACUUUGCACGGGAUCUGCUUUAACAUUACAAUUCUUCCAGUGGACAAUCAAGUUCCUGAGGUGUUUACCAAUCCCCUGAGAGUGACUGAGGGAGGUCAAUGUGUCAUCAGCACAGAGAACGUCCUGGUUUCUGAUAUGGAUACCAAACUGGACAACAUCUGCCUCUCCCUACAAAGACUGCCUCAGUGUGGAAGGGUGGAGCUGGAUGGAUUUCCUCUAAACACAGGAGGCACAUUUUCUUGGGGAGACCUCCGUGCCUUAAAAGUUAGGUAUCAGCAUGAUGGAUCUGAGAGACUUCAGGAUGACAUAUUUUUGGAGGUCACAGAUGGCAUGAAUUCAGCAGAAUUUGUUCUACAUGUUGAGGUAUUCCCUGUAAAUGAUGAGCCACCAAUCCUAAAGGCUGACCUCAUCCCCAUGAUGCAUUGCUCAGAGGGCGAAGAGGUGGUCAUCACCUCUGAAUACAUUUUGGCUACUGAUGUGGACAGUGAUGACUUGAAGCUGAUGUUUGUGAUUGCUCGAGAGCCUCAGCAUGGUGUGGUGAGGAAAGCUGGAGUCACAGUGGAUCAGUUCUCUCAGGGAGAUGUCAUCUCAGGGGCUGUGACAUACAAACACACGGGUGGUGAGAUUGGCCUGGUGCCUUGUUUUGAUGCCAUUACAUUGGUGGUUUCGGAUGGAGAAGCUGGCCCUUCUGUGAAUGGCUGUUGCUACAAUGGGCCUCAUCCAUCUGUUCCUCUUCAUGAGUCCUUUCCAGUGUAUGACCUCAAUAUCACGGUACAUCCAGUGGACAACCAAUCACCUUCAAUUGCGAUAGGUACCAUGUUCGUGGUAGAUGAGGGUUUCUCUGCAGCCGUUACCAUUAACCAUUUGUCCGCCACUGACCCUGACACUGCAGCAGACGACUUGGAAUUUGUUUUGGUUUCUCCUCCCCAGUUUGGCUACCUUGAGAACACGCUUCCUUCUGCAGGUUUUGAAAAAAGCAAUAUGGGCAUAAGCAUAGCUUCGUUCCGGUGGAAAGACAUGAAGGCUUUGCAUAUUAACUAUGUGCAGGCCAAGCAUCUGAGGAUGGAACCAACAGCUGACCAGUUCAUGGUGUAUGUCACAGAUGGGAAGCGACGCUCCUUGGAGAUACCAUUUUACGUUAUCAUCAACCCCACGAAUGAUGAAGCUCCUGACUUUGUAGUGCAGAAUAUUACUGUGUGUGAGGGUCAGAUGAAAGAACUGGAUUCCUCCAUCAUCAAUGCUGCUGAUCUAGAUGUUCCCAAGGACCCUUUGCUGUUCAGCAUCACUCAUAAACCACGCCAUGGCCUCCUCAUCAAUGGGGUGCUUAGCAAAGACUUUCCUCAAAAUAAGCAGCCUGUGAACCCUGGUCAGAAGCAUGAACUUGUUCAGAACUUUUCCUUGGAACUUCUCAAGAAUGGACUGAAGUUGAUGUAUGUGCAUGAUGACUCAGAGAGCCUUGCUGAUGACUUUACAGUCCAGUUGUCAGAUGGGAAACAUAAGAUAUUAAGAACGAUUUCAGUGGAGAUCACCCCAGUUAAUGAUGAGAAACCAAUGCUGAGCAAGAAGGCUGAAAUUACAGUGAAAAUGGGUGAAACUCGUAUUAUUUCUAGUGCCAUUCUUUCAGCCAUAGAUGAAGACUCACCCAGGGAGAAGAUUGACUAUUUGUUUGAAAGCCUUCCCCAAAAUGGGCAGCUUCAACUUAAGAUAGGGAGGAACUGGGUCCCUCUCUACCCUGGCAUGAAAUGCACUCAAGCGGAAGUGGAUCUGAACUUGCUCAGAUACACACACACCGGGGCGAUGGAUUCCCAGGACCGAGACAGCUUCACCUUCUACCUCUGGGAUGGUGACAACAGAUCACCAGCAUUUGACUGUCACAUCACCAUCAAGGAUAUGGGAAAAGGUGAUAUUGUCAUCCUUGUGAAACCGCUGGUGGUGUCUAAAGGUGACCGAGGUUUCUUGACGACCACCACUCUCCUUGCUGUGGAUGGAACAGACAAACCCGAGGAACUGCUCUAUGUCAUCACCUCCCCUCCGCGGUAUGGCCAGGUUGAGUAUGUCCGCUAUCCUGGAGUCCCCAUUACAAGCUUCAGCCAAAUGGACAUAGCAGGACAGACAGUCUGCUAUGUACAUAAGAGCAAGGCAGCUGUCUCCCGUGACACCUUCAGAUUCCUCGUCAGCAACGGCCUGCAGACCAAACACGGGGUGUUUGAGAUCACCCUGGAGACCGUGGACAGAGCCUUACCUGUGGUGACCAGGAACAGGGGGCUGAGACUGGCCGAAGGCGCCACAGGCCUGCUUUCCCCUGACCUCCUCCAGCUGACCGACCCUGACACCCCAGCAGAGAAGCUCACCUUCGUGGUGGCCCGGCUCCCACAACAAGGCCAGCUUUACCUGCGGGGGGCGGAGCUACUUCAACACAGCUUCACUCAGCGGGAUGUGGACAGCGGGCACGUGGCCUACCGGCACCUGGGGGGGGGCUCCCGGGUUGACUGCUUUACCUUUGCGGCCUCAGAUGGGACAAACCAAGGCUUUGUUGUGGAUGGGAGAGUGGGCCAAGAGCCUGUGUCAUUCACCAUCCAGGUUGACCAGUUGGACAAAACAGCCCCCUACAUCACACACUUGCAUUCCCCUUCUCAAGUGGGGCUCCUAAAAAAUGGCUGUUACGGGAUUUACCUUACUUCCCACGUGUUGAAGGCAUCAGACCCUGACACCGAUGACGAUCUGAUCAUCUUUAAGAUUUUACGAGGUCCCCAACAUGGACAUCUGGAGAACACAACAGGUGAAUUUAUCCAUGAGAAAUUUAUCCAAAAGGACUUAAACAGUAAGACCAUUCUUUACAUCAUAAACCCAUCUUUGGAAGUGAAUUCAGAUAUCAUGGAAUUUCAAAUCAUGGACCCCACAGGGAACUCUGCGACUCCUCAAAUUUUGGAACUGAAGUGGUCUCACAUUGAAUGGUCACAGACUGAAUAUGAGGUCUGCGAGAAUGUGGGCAUGUUGCCCUUGGAAAUUACCAGACGAGGAUAUUCCAUGGACUCAGCCUUCGUGAGUGUAAAGGUCAACCAAGUGUCAGCUACAGUUGGAAAAGACUUCACUCUGACUCCAUCUAAACUGAUUCAGUUUGACCCAGGAAUGUCAACUAAGAUGUGGAAUAUAGCAAUUACCUAUGACGGUUUAGAGGAAGACAAUGAGGCCUUUGAAGUAAUUCUGAACUCCCCUGUGAAUGCGGUUCUUGGCACAAAGACAAAAGCUGCAGUGAAAAUUUUGGACUCAAAAGGAGGGCAGUGCCAUCCUUCACAUUCCUUCAACCCCAACAAGCACAACGCACGGGAGAAGGGCGUUUGGCACCCACUGUCCCCAGGGUCUUCCUCACCCACCACUUCUGGUUCCUUUCAUCUGGAAAGAAGACCCCUUCCAUCUAACAAGCAGCCGGCAGUCACUAGGGGAGACAUCCGACAGGGCUUUGAGUCUCCAGAUCUUUCUCGUAUGAAGCUUAGGACCCGGGGGAAUGGCAAAAUGGUUCUUCCAUCCUCUGUUCAUAGAAAUGGAACCGACAUCAUCUAUAAUUAUCACGGAACGGUUUCCCUGAAGCUGGAGGAAGACGGCUCUCCAUCUCACAAACGGAAGGCCAAAAUAUCCAUUAUUCGUCAGCCACAAAAGACAAGCAAAGAGGCAGAGCUGCCUCAGGCAGAUAAGGUAGAAUCCACAACCGACUCACACUUCCCCAGACAGGACCUGCUGCCCUCAUUUCCAAAGAACUGCACACUGGAAUUAAAGGGCCUUUUCCACUUCCAAGAAAGCCUCCGAAAGCUAUACAAGUGUGAUGGGGUUACGUGGAAAGCUUGGAGCCCCCAAAGCGAGGAGGUAGAAGGUAAAUCCUGCCCAGCUGGUUGGCACCAUCACUCAGGCUACUGCCACUCCCUGAUCACAGAGCAGAAAGUCACCUGGAACACAGCUGCCCAAGCUUGCAAGGAACAUCACCUGGGCAGCCUUGUAACCAUUGUCUCUAGACGGCACAUGCGAUGGCUCUGGGACAUCAGUGGAGGGAAACCCUUCUGGAUAGGUUUGAAUGACCAAGUGCGUGCUGGCCACUGGGAGUGGAUCGGCGGGGAACCUGUCACCUUCACCAACUGGAGGAAAGGGCCCCCUCAACGUUUAAAGCGUGGCAAGAACUGCGUUUUGGCUCAGAGACAAGGGAAGUGGCAAACACAGGACUGUAGGAAGGGCAAGGCUCACAAUUACGUGUGCUCCAGGAAACUCUAAACGUAACUGGCCUCACAGGUGCCCACCUGGGAUUUCUUACCUAUUUAUUCACAGGAUUUGUGCAUAUUGUUCAAUACAAAACAAGGUGUCAUGACUGACUUAGUAAUUUUUUUUUAUCAUGGUAUAUGAGUGAUUCUAUCUAGUAAAAAAGGAACAUUGAUGAAUAGUUCCAGGAAGAUUGAUCAAUGAGCAUUUUUUCAGGAAGAGAUACAAUUCUUACAUCUUAGUACCUUUCAAAACAAAUGCCUGAAGUAUUAUAUGGUACAAGAUGUGCGUACUCCUACCCUGACCCCACUCCGUAUCUGAGUUCACACCAAGUUCAUGGUCCUUGGAUUGUUUUUGUCCCAAGACCUCAUGUUUUUGUCCCAUUCUGAAAUCUGUCCUGCAGGUGUUUGUACCACUUCAGUCUGAGGAAAGCUGACCCUACCAGCUCAUUAAAUCACAGAUGAACAGCAAAGGGUCAUUUUGUCCCUUUGGAGCCCUUUCGAAUGUGAAACCUGAGAUAAGAGGCUUGUAGAUA